AAAUCAUUGCCGGCUGGUUUGAUUCGUCUCUGCUCGUCCUUCGCAGCGGUCCGGAACGACCGGAACAAGAAGAAGAAGGAGGAGAAGAAGCCGGAGUGUUCCGAGAGCUACGUGAUGAGUCCCGACACGGAGCAGAUGAUCGAGCGCGUGAGAAAAGCUCACCAGGACACCUUUCCGUCGCUGUGCCAGCUGGGCAAAUACACCACGAACAACAGCGCCGAUCACAGAGUCUCUCUGGACGUGGACCUGUGGGACAAAUUCAGCGAACUUUCCACCAAGUGCAUCAUCAAAACCGUGGAGUUCGCCAAGCAGCUGCCCGGCUUCACCACGCUGACCAUCGCCGAUCAGAUCACGCUGCUCAAAGCGGCCUGCCUCGACAUCCUGAUUUUGCGGAUCUGCACGCGCUACACUCCGGAUCAGGACACCAUGACGUUCUCGGACGGACUGACGCUGAACCGGACGCAGAUGCACAACGCCGGGUUCGGGCCGCUGACCGACCUCGUGUUCGCCUUCGCUAAUCAGCUGCUGCCGCUGGAGAUGGACGACGCGGAGACGGGCCUGCUCAGCGCCAUCUGCCUGCUCUGUGGAGACCGUCAGGACUUGGAGGAGUCGGACAAGGUCGACAUCCUGCAGGAGCCGCUGCUCGAAGCCUUGAAGAUCUACGUGAGGAGGAGGAGGCCUCAUAAACCACACAUGUUCCCCAAAAUGCUGAUGAAGAUCACAGACCUCAGGAGCAUCAGCGCUAAAGGAGCGGAGCGAGUGAUCACGCUGAAGAUGGAGAUCCCCGGCUCCAUGCCUCCGCUCAUCCAGGAGAUGCUGGAGAACUCGGAGGGUUUAGAGGGCAGCAGCAUGAAUCCUCCCGGCAGCUGCAGCCCGAGUCUCUCACCCAGCUCGAUACACAGCAGCCCGUCAACACACUCGCCCUGAAUCUCUCUCGCACUCUCUCACACACACACACACACACACACACACACACACACACACACACACACACACUUAUGUUAAGCACGCUCGCCCUGAACAUGCUCCACGCACGCAUACGUGCAGCCGAGUCAGAGAGCGUAGUUUCGGGACAAUAAUGUGUAACAUGGCUGAUUGAGACGCUCAACACACACACACACACACACACACACACACACACACAGGCUGAGCCUGAGUCACACUCGCAUUAUGAGCAAGAUGUGUGCUUCGGUGGAACUCCUGAGGUACCGAUCUGAUCUAAAGCAGCUUGCACGCUUGGUUGAAACCGAUUCCGAUCUAAUCCCAGAUGGAGGAUUCUGAUCAGCAGCGUGGAGAAGGACGCGAGCUUGCGGACCUGGCGCGCGCUCCGAGGGACCUUUCCUAUUUCCGGAUGUACUCUACAGUGACGUUUUUGGAUUCCCUCAUCUGCAGAUUUACCAAACGAUGAGACGGCAACCUAGAGACACAGGACGUCCGAUGUCCAAAAGUCAUCAGGGACAUUUAUUAUUAUUAUUAUUAUUAUUAUUAUUAUUAUUAUUAUAAUAAUUUUUUUUUUUUUUUUUUUUUGUGUUCGUUCAUUUUCUUUUCUUACAAAAAAAAAGAUAUAUGAAUAUAUGAAUAUCUAUAUUGACAGAAAAUGAGAUGAUUCAAAAAAAUUGUGUCGAUGCGGGAAAAAAAAAACAAAAAAAAAAAACCCCCCCACCUCUCACAUUUCCUCGUAUUUGUCCCGAGAGACGAAUAGAGUUCAGUUCUGCUCACCGUCUCGGUUCACUGCAGAAGAAGAUCGUUGUGGAGGUUAUGGUGAUGUUUCUACGCCGUUCACUCAAGAUUCUGAACAAA